GCGCGCGCGGGGAUUCCCCGAGGGAAGUUCCCAGCUAGUUGUAAAACAUGUAAAAAUGUACAUGAGUGCGAAACACUCCAUUUCCUCCCCUUUAACGUGAACACUGGGUUGUAAGAACAGGACCGAGAGUGCGCCAUGACUUCAAAAAGAUAGAUAAAUGUAGGUGUCUUUGGGGCAGUUUUCGGACCAGAAGGACCCAUGACAGCUGCGUCCGUGAUGUUACUGAAGGCUGAGGCAUGGACCGAAACAUUGGUGAUCCGCUGAACAAAGCAUACGAAGCCUACCGCAACAUCUCGAUUGAGAACGAAAAUGCCAAAAAGCUACUGCAGGAGAAGACGGAGCAGUUUGAACAGUAUACACAACAGCUGGAGAAAAAGAUAGAGGACCAAGAGCAGGAGAUUUCACGGCUGAAAGCACAGUUACGCAUAAAGUAUGGUUCAGGGGAAGUGAAAUGUUGCGAGACUGCACACCGAAAACAGGAAAUAGAAAGGUUGUCACCUAGUAUUCAGUGCCCUAGCAACGUCUCCACUUCCCACAGGACUAACUAUAUCCUGCCUGGCUUCUUUUUUGGCAAUGUGAAGAAAGAAUCCCUGGAGUUUAUGCCGAUGCAUCCUCAUCCAGUACCUGGAGUUAGUGGCAUGAAGAUUGAGGAUGUUCUAGAGACGCUUCAGGAAAUCCAGGGGACUUUCCAGAGGAUUCAGACUCUUGCAAGACGGCAGAAAGAUCACCUAAAAAGAAUACACAAAGGAAAUGAUGCUGCCAGUGCAGAGCAACAAUUUUCCAUGCCCAUUCAGUGCACGGACGACACUGGUGAACAAGUUGAAGAGCCUUUCUCUUCCACCUCAAGACCAGAGGUCGAUGAAGGCCUAACCUCAGCCGCACUGGCAUCGCGUGGUGCCAGCCCAGAGGACGGUGACUUUUUGAAUGAUAUUAAGUUCCCGCCACCCACAGAUAGUGAAUAUGAGUUUCUACACAGUGCUCCAGAAAGGAGUGUGCCGAUUACAGUGCCUGGGAAAGACCUGUCAGAACCAAUUUCCACAGUAUUGGAGGAGUCCUACUCCUCGUUCUCGGUCUCUGCUCCAGCAUCACAUCUGCUGCCUGCAUCCACGUCACACGAAGGAGUCCGGGGACCACAACAGAAUGUGAUCUGUGCUAUAGAGGUCCACACCCCCGCGUCCAUUUAUUUAUGCAGUGUGAAGAAACCAUCUGGCCGUGGUGGAACGAGAGAGUGAUUCUGCUCUGGCAGGAGGAGAGGAUGACUGACACCUCGGCUAGUGGGUAGACAGCUUCAUUAGUGCCCGGGCUCUUCGUAAAAAGAGUCCUUUUUAAAAUUAAUCCUCAAUAUCAACCCCAUUCAGUUUUAGCAGGGAUCCAACAGCUGUCCCUUCUGACCAGUCUGAAUCAAAGAAAAGAAUCCAAUCUUUCUUGUUUAUCAGCUAUUGUGUUAGGAGAGAUUUCUAACACAUUUUUGGAGACACUUUUUUUUUGUAUUCUUAUCAGUAUUACUGUAAAAAUGACACCUUGAACAUAACGCUAGUCCUUACUGAUGGUCCCAUCAGCUCUCCAGGGAUCCCUUUUCCAUGCCCAACACUCCUGCUGAGCCUUAGUUUUUCCUUUCUGUUUGUCUUUACAUAUGAUUUUGGCCCUACUUAUGGUAGACUAUAUUAAUUCAAAUUAUAUCUUUAAUACAUAACAUCCCUGAAAGAUAGCAGAGAUAUUUUAAUUAACGAAUUAGUUUAUUAGUUAAUUCAUUUAUUCACUCAUGUUUAAUAAUCACUUCAUCCUGGACAGAGCCGUAGUGAAUAUUGAGCCUAUUCAAGGAACGCUAGGCAUGAGUUAGCAAUAUGACAGUAUUUCACAGUAUUUUUAUACUUGUAAGGAUAUUUUUAUAUAUAUACACAAACUAAAUUAUUUAAGGAACCGAUCUAUUCAAAUU